UGCAACCACCAUGCAGCGGAGCCCAAGAAGGUCCCAGGUGUGUUCAGGGCCAAAAGGGUCAUGUAAGAGCCCAGCUCAUUUCUCCACAGGCCCUGCAGGUGACCUUGGGGCUUGUGUGGGUGGCUCAGUCAGUGCCAAGGCACAGUCUCACUUUCAGCCUCCCUAAGCAGCCAGAUGUGUGUCCCAUGGCACAGCCCCUCCACCUGGCAGCUGGGACCAGUGCAUGGCCAUCAGCUGGGAAAGCAACCCUCAGCCUCUGGGCAGGGCAGAGCUGGAGGUACUGGGUAUGCCCCCAUAGCAGGGGUAGGUGACCCACAGAACCCCAGGGACAGCUCAGCCAGAGCGGGCAGCCUCCUCAGUCACGGACACUGCCCCGUGGCAUGGCACAGCAUGGUAGAGGACAGUACACCCAGAACAUGCAGCCCCUCAGGCACAAACUCUGUGUGCUGGGAUGGCACAGCACAGCAUGGCACAGAGGAAACAUGCACCUCAGGGAUGGCAGCAGCAGGGCGUGCAGCCCCUCAGCCCCCAGCCUGCACCCAGGACAGCACGGCUCGGCACGGCCGGACUCUGCCCCGGAGCUGCCCGUACCUCCCUGCACGCAGCAUCACAGGGCACAAGCAGGGCCAGGGCCAGCAGCAGCAGCCCCCCGGGGUCCCUGUGGUGGUGAUGGCCAUGUGUGGAACCCAGGCUCUGCUCCUUUUAUAUCAGAGGGGGCUGAGCCUCCUGCCAAGGAGCACCCAUGAGGUGGGAGAACCCUGAUCCCUCUGGACAGUGAUGGGGUCUGAGUGGACACAGAGGGAGGUGGCAGGGAGCAUGGCCAGGUCAGCAGGUGAGAACAGCAUUAAAGGUAUCACAGAGGACAUCUGAGGAUGUUAAAAAUAUUCUGUUAAAACAAUAUAUUUAAUCAUAUAGAAGGGUUAGUUGUGAUUAUCUGUAGAAAAUUGCAAUGUUAUAGGAGUGUUAAUAGUGCUUAAAAAUGUAUUUUAAAUAUGUUAGCCAUAUGCAGCCAUAGACACCCCCUGCAAGGAGUUACGGGAAUUCCUGUCUUUUUCAGGAAAGUGGAGACUGUCAUGCACACCAGUUACACUGACUGGAAGUGUCCCACCCUUCCCAUCUGGAUUCACUAUCAGGGAUUUCAACCAAACAUGGAAACACCCACACUGCACAAGGCCCUGACCAGAGCUGCCACUCACCCACCUGGCAGCAAUAAAAAGGAGAGGGAGCAGGAGCAUCAGCAGAGACCUGCAAGGAGCACAUCCCCAGGUACAUCAGCUGUUUGCCUGCUGCAGAGAUGGUGCAAGUAUCUCCCUUCCUCCUCGUGCUCUUCCUGGCCCUGGGAGCUCACAGCCUCUCUGCAAAAAAGUGCUCCCUGACUGGGCGCUGGGUCAAUGAUCUGGGCUCCAACAUGACCAUCACGAGCAUGAAUGCAAAUGGUGACUUCAGCGGCUCCUACUACACAGCUGUGUCAACCACCCUGGAAAAGAUCAAGGUGUCACCACUGCUGGGCUCUCAGCACCUCCCAACUCAGCUGAAGCAGCCCACCUUUGGCUUCACCGUCCAUUGGACCUUUUCAGACUCUAUCACGGUUUUCACUGGCCAGUGUUUCGUGGAUGAUGAUGGAAAGGAGGUUUUGAGGACCAUGUGGCUGCUGAGAUCACACGUGGGCAAACGCGGAGACGACUGGAAAGCCACCAGCGUUGGCUACAACGAAUUCAAGCGCCUGGAAAAACACAUGGAGUGAGGGUGGUAGCAUUGGAGUUUCCAGAGAUGACGUAGUGCCAGGCUUGUAGCCCUUCCUCCUGCCUCACCUGCUUCUCCCAAUAAAGUUUUGC